AUUCAGUCAGCUGUUUCAUUUUGUUCUCUGUUUAGCAUUGAAUGCAUGAUGCAUGUCUGAAAACGGUUUAAAGUGAAUACGAAACUGGCCAUAUCAAUGACACUCCGCAUGAUCUAAUGGAAAACAUCAAGUUUUCAAAUAUGUUGCCAAAUAAGUCUGAUUCACGCCGUCGCUUGAAUGCAACUGGUUUGUCGACUGGUGAUUACAAGGUUAGCACCGACACCACCGAGACAGAUGGCUUUGUGAAUGAACAAUGGGUAGCGCCGAAUGUGGAGGAACCGAUACCAUGGAAGACCAUUGCAAUCAUUCUUAUAUUGUUCUUCGGUGGAACUAUAUGCAUAUGCUGUGCAACCAUAGAUUGGCUAGCGGACGUAAAUCAGGAUAGGUCAGAUCGCAUCGGGGCACUGACAAUCAUAGGUGCAUUGACUAUAAUUCCUGGCGGAUAUUAUCUCUACGUUUUAUUGUGUAUUUUAAUGCAUCGCACUGGCUACACAAUGGACGAUAUACGUCGACUGGGAUAGAGAAAAAAUUUCCACGAAAGUGUGUUUAUUAUUGUAUUGCGUUCUUUUUAUAUUUUUAUAUUCUACCAUUUGUAAACAUAUUUUUUUUCUAACUUUCAUUUAUUUAUUGUAUAAAAAUAUUGUAAAUACAUACAUGUUAUCAAAUUUUUUGUUGUGGUUGAUGCUCUCAGUUUAAGAGUUUAGUAAGCGAAACAUUAACUACCUAACAUUUCAUUUUGUUGUUUCAAAGUUUCUAUAUAUAUAUAUAUUUAUAUAUAUAUGGUAUUUACAUAUAUUAUGGCAUUCUAGCUGUAAAGUAUAGUGCAUAGUUUGAGCUUAAAUAUAUAUUUUUAAUAUAUAAAUAUGAUGCAUAAUAA